CGCGCGCGCGCGCGCCAUUCACGUGGUGGGGGGAGGGGAAUGAGUGGACGGGUCCAUUUUUGGAUCCCUUGAGGGGGUGGCUCAUACGUACCUGGCUAGGAGGGGACGCUCCCAUUUUCUUUUGACGUGGGGGAGAGAAAAGGAAGAUGGCAAAAUGUGAAAAUUAGAGGCUCAACUGUAAGGAGACACCAUAAGACAGUGCCAGGACUUUAGUGAGCCUAUCUGCUCAUGGGCCUCCCCUCCUCAAAACCACCAGUUUUUAUGGCAUAAAAUCUAAACUACAUGUCUGCAUUACAGAUAUAUCACUGACCCUGCAAAGAGGGUAGUAGAAGAUACAGAAAGACAAAGGAAAUUAGAGAUGCUGCAAGGCCCAAGUCCAGCCUGGCGCCCCUCCCGCACGGCUCAUCUUACAGAUCUGUGGCAUCUGCUUCCUUCUCUAAACCUAUGGCUGUCCAACAACGUCAGUUGGUUGUUUCUGCGCUCUGAAACAUGCACAACCAAGAUCACCUAAGGUCUCUGCCCCAAAUUAAUCUCAGACUUCAGAUCUUCCCAGAACUCCCUGUUCUGGGGGACCAGGUGGGGGUCCCACACCCCCCUAACGUCCUGAUUAUAUUCCUGUAGCUCCUCUCCCAGGUGGGAUCUUCCUACCUAUUUAUUCCUUCUAGGUAGGCUGAUACUAAGAUUUAGAGAUCAAUCUUAUUUACUGUGUUUAUAUUUUGCUACAAUUCACUUGCCUGGAACAGGACCUGAGUCAUAGUACCAAGUACUAUGGCUGUUCACAAGUUCACAAGUACUUCCUGAAUGAAUUUUAAAUGAAUGGGUCAGAUCCUGGUCUUGUCCUACCAUGUUGGGGGAGGCAGAUCCAGACACAGAGCUGCAGGAAGAAUCAAAGUUGUGAUUAAGGAAGGUACAGGGGACUUCUGCGGGAGGAGGAAGAGAAGGACUCUGAGGGUGAAAGGUUUCCUAGAAGUAGUAUCUGAGGAGUUAGGCUUUGAAAGUUUACACAGGUAAUAUAGCUUACUAGGGUAUGGGGAAUACCCCGGCAUAGCUUGAUUCGAAAGUCUGAGGGGACAAGUGAGAAACAAAGCUUUGAGGCACCCAUUCACCAAGCGCUGUUUCAAAUUAGAUGUUGGUUCAUUUCAUAUUUACAGCAAUUGUAAGAAGGAGCUAACAACUUCAUUUUACAGAUUAGGAAGACUGAAGCUCUGAGCAGUUACAUACUUUUCCUGGGUCACAGAGCUCAAAUGUGCUAAUCUGGGCAUUUGAACCUGGGUAGUCUAGUUCUGGAUCCUAGCUUUGAAUGACAACACUGUACUGAUUCUCUAGGGAUAAAGUCUGUGACUGUGUGGAGACUGGCUGCUUAUAGAGGCUACCGUGGCCCUUCUCUCCCUUCGCUUCGUCUCAUCUCAUGCUGCUGAGAGAAAGUCCGCCAGUAGAUGUCUAAACCAAUCAGCAUUGAGGAAGGGGGCGGGCCUAAUGGACCUCACAGCCAAUUGGUGAAAGGGAGGUACUUAAGGACAAAUGAAAGAGGUUUCCGAAAGUGAGGCUGGGGAGGGGAGGAGGGACUAUAACCGGCACUCUGGGCCGCUGGCACGUGCCCCUGGGUCUGCUCUUCUCCAGAGCAGGAAAAACGAAGGGUGUGGGAGGGGCACGCGCAUGCGCGGGCGCAUGAGACCCGGAAGAGUAUCGGGCGCGACAAAAGCUGGGGUCACCACGGAAAAGAAGCCAUUGUACCCCACAGCCACGUGGAGUAGGCAGAGGGCGGGAUUCGUUGGGGCAGCAGAAGGUGAGGUGCCCCUCCCCCAACCUGCCCCCACCAAUCGUACCCUCAUCCUUACCUCACCUGGCCCAACCUGCCUUGUUUCCUGGACCGUCCUUGACGAGGCCUCAGUCCCUGAUAGCUCCUCUGUUGCCCUUUCUGUUCUCCCGAGGUUUUCUCUGUCUCCCCAACUUACAUCCUCUUUCCUGCCUUUCUCUCUCUACCAUCUCUCCACCUUCUGUAUUCUCCAGUAUCUCCUCUACCUCUGGAUUUCUCCUCUGUUCAAAAUCCCUUCUGGUUCACCAGACCCCUCCAAUAUCAUGAUCCCUUUCGCAUCCCCCAUCUUCUCGCUGUUUCCUCACAUCCCUGUUCCCUCUAACUCUUUCUCUAUCCCUUGACAAAUCUUCUCAUUCAGUGUGACUCCCUUGACCCUAUCCUACCCCUAUGACUCUGCCUUUUCCCUGACCUUACACCUGACUAAGCCUUUUCCAGUUGGCUCUCUGCUGAUCCCUUUCUUUCACCUUGUCUCUCUAAAUAAUACUUCCAUCUCACCCCAAACCAUCUCCUCUUUUCACUACUCACUUUUAGGUCCUUGACUUAUCUACAUGCUGAUGACCACCCUAUCUUUAUCUUACAGGGUGCCAUGGACCCCAGGGGGCCAGCCCCCAAGACUUUCCAGCGGCCUGAGAAACCUGGUCGUGUCCGCCGUCGGAAGACCAGGCGGGAGCGUAAUGAGGCUCUGGUGGGCAGUCGGCAGUCAUUGGCCCAUCAAGAUCCUCCUCUGGCCAGUUGGGAUCCACAUAUGUUCCUCCGGAAUUCUGUGGCUCCUGCUGCCCCCAAGCUUGUGGUCAUAACCCAGGGCCGGCUGAGCCGAGAGCACCGGGGUCUCUUCAGCCAUGAGGUGAAAUCUCUGGACGUUGCUCGACUGCUUAGCAGUGGGUCCCUGGAGCCAAGGACCCCUGCAUUCCCCACUAAGUUCUCCCCAAGCCCAGGCAGGGCCCAAGAACCAGCCCCACAGUCAAGGGGCAAGGAGAACAAGGUGCCUGGAGGCUCGGGCCCAGGCCCACCUAGUCCCCUACAGUUCCCUGACUUGGAGCAGCUGCUGGGAGAGCUGCAAUGCCAGCUAAUUCUGCCACAGGCCUUCCCCAGGAGAAAUCUAGUACAAGAGGCCAGGGAUGUCAUCGUGAGCACCUUACAGGCCUGCCACGGCUGUGUGCCUGACCUUACCCUGGUGCUCCGGAGUUGCCAGCCACCCUUGCCAGGGACCAAGCCUGGGGGCCCUGAGGAACGAAGGAUGACACCCUCCUGGAUCAACAGCCCUGAGCAGGCCCCAAGGGAGGGGAGGCAGAGGAGGCAAAAGGAGACAAAGGAGCUCAACUUCACCAUGCCUCACACCUGCAGCACUCCUACUGUGCACAGGGUGAGCCUGGCACCACCGAAAUGUCCCUGGCUACCCCCAUUGUCCUCAUUGCCUUCACCAUCGGAGACGGCCUGGGGCCCCCCAACAGCUUUUGAUCUGCUGAAAAGUAUUUGGCUGGUAGCCACACCACCCCCUCCCCGGCCCUGGGGGGUUGGCCCACCACAGCUCCUGCCUCAGCCACCAUCACCCUUGUUGCCCAGGACCUCUGCCCUGGACUGGAGCCCCAGCCCCCCUGCCCCCCUGCCCAGCCUCUCCUGGGUGGUAGCCCAGAGCAGCCCAGAGGCCUGGUCCUUUCCACCCAUGAGACUGUACUGAAGGGGGCUGAGGCUAGGUUGGGGGCAGAAAUCCCACAUUCUAAUCACUUCAAUAAAAUACCUACUUUGUGGUCCUCUUGAUAUUUAGUGAAUAGCCCAGGAGAGCAGCUUUCCUUAGCUCUGAGUUCUAGGUCCAAAGUGGAGGGGAAGGUACUGUCACUUGUCACCUUCCUAGGGCCCCAGAGGCCAGCAGGUUGGGGAAACCUGGGGCUUCAGUCAGUCUAACACAUCCACUCACUGAGGCCAACUAUGUGCCCAACUCUGAGCUCUGGUGAUGCUGAGGCCCCAGAUUGAGUGAGACUUGAGUCUGUGUUCCCAGGGGAUGCCCAGUCCAGUGGUGAGCACAGACAGUUCCAGCCCCAGUCGUUGCAUCUGAG